AUGUCUGCUUCAUCCUCAAAUCCAAUAUGGAUAUACGACGUGUUCCUCAAUUUCAGAGGAGAAGAUACACGUAGAACCAUAGUUUCUCAUCUCUACAAUGCACUCUUAAAUGCUGGAGUCAACACUUUCAUGGACGAUCACAAGCUUCCAAAGGGAACAGAGUUGCAACCAGAACUACUCCAAGUAAUAGAAGGGUCUCAUAUAUCAAUCGUUGUUCUCUCCAAAGGUUAUGUUCGGUCUGCGUGGUGUCUUAAUGAACUUGAACAAAUCAUGCAGUGUCGUGCCACUUAUGGACAAGUGGUUCUGCCUAUAUUUUACGAUGUUGACCCUUCUGAUGUGCGUCAUCAAAAGGGUGCUUUUGGAGACGCUUUGGAAGCUUUUCCGCCAAAAAGAUACGAAGGGAGCGCCAUGAAAUAUGUGUUGUCUGGUUGGAGGAGUGCACUCACUGGAGUUGCAAAUUUGUGUGGUUGGGAUUUAAGGAAUUAUAGGAGUGAAGGUGACUUGGUGAAAGAAAUUGUUAGGAUGGUUCUGAGCAAACUAGACAACACCUUAUUGUCUAUAACAGAAUUUCCGGUUGGAUUAGAAGCCCGUACACAACAAGUGAUUGAAUUCAUUGAAAAUCAAUCAAACAAAGUCUGCAUAGUAGGAAUCUGGGGAAUGGGAGGGUCGGGUAAAACAACCACAGCCAAAGCUAUCUACAACCAAAUUCAUCGUGAUUUUGAGGAUAGAAGUUUCAUUGAAAAUAUUAGAGAAGUCUGUGAAAAGGAUGGUAAAGGUCAUAUUCAUUUACAAGAACAACUUCUUGCAGAUGUCCUGAUGACAAAGAUAAAGAUACAUAGCAUCGGAAUGGGCACAACUAUAAUUGAGAAACGACUUCGUGGAAAAAGGUUACUUGUUGUACUUGAUGAUGUGUCUGAGUUUGAGCAAUUACAAGCUCUAUGUGGAAACCGUAGAUGGAUUGGUGAAGGAAGUGUAAUAAUUGUUACAACUAGAGAUGUACGAUUGCUUAAUGUACUUCAAGUUGACUGUGUUUAUCAAAUGGAGGAAAUGAACAAAAAUGAAUCCCUCGAGCUUUUUAGUUGGCAUGCUUUCAUGGAAGCAAAUCCAAGAGAAGAGUUUGUGGAACUCUCAAGAAAUGUUGUUGCUUACUGUGGAGGACUACCACUCGCUCUUGAAGUUCUUGGUGCUUAUUUAUACCAAAGGACAAAGAAAGAGUGGAACAGUGUAUUGUCAAAACUAGAAAUAAUUCCCAAUGAUCGAGUUCAAGAGAAAUUAAGAAUAAGCUUUGAUGGUUUACGCGAUCAAAUGGAAAAGGAUAUAUUUCUUGACAUAUGUUGCUUCUUUAUUGGUAAAGACAGAGCCUAUGUCACAGAGAUAUUAAAUGGAUGUGGACUGCGUGCUGAUAUUGGAAUAACAGUUCUUAUAGAGCGUAGCCUCAUAAAAGUUGAAAAGAACAACAAACUGGGAGUGCAUGAUUUGCUACGAGACACGGGAAGAGAGAUUAUUCGUGAAACUUCAGCAAGAGAACCUGGGAAGCGCAGCCGGUUGUGGUUUCAUGAGGAUGUACUUGAUGUAUUGACAAAGAACAAUGGGACAGAAGCUGUUGAGGGAUUGGCUCUGAAGUUGCAUUUAACCAGCCGAGAUUGCUUUAAAGUUAAUGCUUUUGAGGAAAUGAGGAGAUUGAGACUGUUGCAACUUGAUCAUGUACAACUCACUGGAGAUUAUGGAUAUCUUUCUAAGAAACUAAGGUGGAUUUAUUGGCAAGGAUUUCCUUUAAAACACCUACCUAACAACUUUUGUCUGGAAAAUGUAAUUGCAAUCGAUGUAAAACACAGUAAUCUUAAACUACUCUGGAAAGAACCCCAGGUUCUGGGCUGGCUAAAAAUACUCAAUCUUAGUCAUUCCAAGUACUUGACAGAAACCCCUGACUUUUCAAAAAUGCCAAAUCUUGAAAAACUCAUUCUCAAAGAUUGUCCAAGUUUGUGCAAGGUACACCAGUCCAUUGGAGAUCUCCACAAUCUUCAUCUAAUAAAUUUGAAGGACUGUACGAAAUUAAGCAAUCUCCCAAGAGUGACUUAUAAGUUGAAAUCUGUGAAAACUCUCAUCCUUUCUGGUUGUUUAAAGAUUGACAAAUUAGAAGAAGAUAUAGUGCAGAUGGAAUCCUUGACAACUCUAAUUGCAGAAAAUAUUGCUGUGAAACAUGUGCCAUUUUCCAUAGUAAGAUCAAAAAGCAUUGGAUACAUAUCCCUAUGUGGAUUUGAAGGAUUAUCACGCAAUGUUUUUCCUUCUAUCAUUUGGUCUUGGAUGUCACCAACAAUGAAUCCGCUAUCUCAUAUUCAACCGUUUAGUGGCAUAUCAUCAUCUCUAGUUUCCAUGGAUGUGCAGAAUAAUAAUAUGGGUGAUAUAGCACCAAUUCUUGGUAGCCUUUCAAAUCUGCGAAGUGUUUUGAUGCUAUGUGAAACAGAAUUUCAACUAUCUAAACAAUUAAGAACAAUUUUGGAUGAUGUAUAUGGUGUAAAUUUUACUGAAUUAGAAAUAACAUCAUAUUCAUCACAAAUUUCAAAUCACUCCUUGAGGUCUUACUUGAUUGGAAUUGGAAGUUACCAAGAAGUCUUCAACGCUCUCAGUAAAAGCAUAUCUGAGGGAUUGGCAACCAACGAGUCUUGUGAUGUUUUUCUCCCAGGUGACAAUGAUCCUUACUGGUUGACCCAUACAGGUGAUGGAAAUUCAGUGUAUUUCAGCGUGCCUAAGGAUUGUCACUUGAAGGGAAUGACUUUGUGUGUCAUUUAUUCAUCAACUCCUGAAAACACAGCAUCUGAAUAUCUUAUUAGUGUCAUAAUGGUUAAUUACACAAAGUGCACCAUCCAGAUAUAUAAGCGAGACACAGUAAUUUCCUUUAAUGAUGAAGAUUGGCAGGGCUUAAUAUCACAUCUAGGAUCUGGUGACAAAGUGGAGAUUUUUGUGACUUUUGGGAAAGGAUUGGAAGUAAAGAGAACAACUGUCUAUCUAAUGUAUGAUGAAUCAAUUGACAAACUAGCAGAGCCUUCUGCUAAGCCAAAGAAAGAUGACAUGGAAAUGGAGACUUCUCCUAAGCCAAAGAAAACUAACAUGGAAAUGGAGACUUCUCCUAAGCCAAAGAAAGAGCCAAAGAAAAAUGACAUGGAAAUGGAGACUUCUCCUAAGCCAAAGAAAAAAACCAUAGCAAGAUUCCUAAAGAAAAUUGUGAUGUGUAAGAUUCAGCUGCAGUAG